ACUCACUCACUCACGCCCACAAACCCAGACAUAUACAGUCAGCACACACUCGCCUCGGCUUUCAGAUCUCAUCCACCCGUCGGUGUGUAUGAGUCCCUGUGCAACACGCUGAGAAUCACUCCCUCACACACUACGUCCGUCAAUGGAUCCUUGGCUCUGACCGGAGAGGAGGAUUCUCCUGUAUGGCCUGUGACUCUCUGCUCUAACUGAAGACUACCACACAACACAGAGCAGAGAGACAGGGAAGAGGAGAGGGAGAGAAACGCUACCCCCCUCAGAGAGAACAAAAAACAGCCUGACUGUGUGGCAGCAGCAGCAGCAGCAGCAGCAGCAGCAGCAGCAGCAGCAGCAGCAGUAGAAGAAGCCUUUGUCUUGUCCAGCUUGGUCCACAUGCUCCCCCCGUAGAAAGAAGAGAACAGAAGAGAGGAGAGGAGCAGGGGGGGGGGGUGUAUGAGUGUGUAUGUGAGGAGAGGAGCAGCUCUGAGCACUGACACAUUGACCUACUCUAGCAGGAAGAGAACAACGUUUGCUGUUUCCCUGUGUGGAUUCAGAUUCAGUACUUGGACAGCUCCGGAGUGCUCCGCUCUCCAACACAUUCCUGUAGUAUAGUAUAUGUGAAGUCUCCCUCGUCGAGACCCCAUUCCCAGGGGCAGCCCUGGACCCCCAGCCCCAGCCCCCCUUGGCUCGCUCCCUGGCUCCCUGCGCCCCUCUCCCCCUGGGGACAGUGGACAGCAUGGCCAGCCUGGAGCACCAGUGGGAGAAGCAGCUCUUUGAGAAGUUCUGGAAGGGGACGUUUAAGGCUGUGGCCACACCGAGACCAGGGAGCAUUAUCGUGGCCAGCAUCACCGCACGGAGGAGGGUAAUCAGCACUGAGACAACAACAUGCCAGCCACUCAAGGCUGAUGGGAGGAAUGCCGAGGCAGCAGACACCAAGUUGGACACAACCACAGACAGAAAUGGAUGCAUUAGAGACAUGGGAAGACGCAAACAUGGCAGCUCUCAUCGGACGCGGAGUGUGUUGUUUGAUGACGAUCUCUCCCCUCGGCCCCACGCUUCCAAGGGGAAGAAGAAGAGGAGGAAAUCGGAGAGAAAGAGGAAGAGGGAAAGAUCUCCGUACUACAGUCUGUCUCCGGUGAGGAAGAAGAAAAAGAAGAAGAGCUCUAAGAAAAGCAAGAGCUCUAAGAAAAGCAAACGCCACAGGUACACCUCUAAAAAGAGAAAGCACAGCUCUUCUAGUUUGAAACAUAAGAGGAAGGAUGAUCGAAAGCACAAGAAAAGUUCACGGAGGCACAUGCACCGGAGACGACGCUACCGGAGGUCGGAGUCUGAGAGUUCCACCUCCAGCACCGAGAGCAGACGUCAUCUGCACAAAUCAGUGGAUCACCCUGCGUUGGGAGGCCUAGCAGCCCUGAUGGAGGACCCUGGUACAUCACUGGACCACGGAGGGUUUGAGUGGGAGCCGGCCGCCAAGUCAGUGUGUAAAACAACUCCAAUCUUUCGCUCCGUCCUUUCUACCAGCACCGUCUUACAGUCAAAACCUGGCGGUGAGGUUUUAAACACAACAGUGAUUCUCCGUCACACUUUAUCCAAUCAGAGCAAAGGACCACAGGAUUACGAUUCCGGGAACGACACGUCUUCCCCACCAUCGACCAAAACCGGCAUUUCACAGUCAAACGUCACCGGCGACAAAAAGGUCCUAUGCCGUGCGCCGGCUUCACCUGAGAAACUGAGGUUCAGGGACGGAGACAACGUGUCCGACUCUGGGAACUCUGUGACCAGCUACGCUUCCCUGUGUAAACCUCUGCAUGUGGAAGGUGGCUUGCCUACUGCUACUUUCAACGGGAAUGGCAAGAGUGACCCGGUGAAGACUUCAGGAUGUGGGGCCAAGGUGGGGAGACCUCAGAAGACUGCCUCCAUCUCUCCGUUGAGGACGGUGGCCUCUUCACGUAAGAGGACUAAAGCCAUCUCCUCCAGCAGCAGCAGCAGAAGCAGGAGUAGAUCCUCUGGGAGCUCCAGACACUCUGGACGCUACUCUCGAAGCCGAUCACUGUCAUCUGCCAGGUCAUACUCCCGUUCACCGAGCUACUCAGCUGGUUUGAGAAGGAAAGGAUGUGGUAGGUCCAGAGGAAGAUACUCCAGGAACAGUGAAGACAGGGUCCGAGAGAGGAAGAGGGACCCCAGCUCCUGUGAGAAGGAUGUGAAACACAGCAGUCGGAAGCAUAAUGGGAAGAGGCAAAAACCCAGGUCCUACUCUCCCAUGAGAAAAAGGAGGAGAGAUUCACCCAGUCACCUGGAAGCCAGGAGGAUAACCAGUGCCAGGAAGAGACCCAUCCCCUACUUCCGUCCCAGUCCUUCGUCCAGCAGUCGCUCUACCAGCGUAUCCUCUUGGAGCAGCCUCUUCACAAGGAGUCGCAGCCCCAGCCCCAGCCCCGGCCUCUGCCUCAGCCGAUCCAGGAGUAGAAGCCGAGGAAGAAGUAGGAGUUACUCCUCCUACAGGAGCUACAGUCGCAGCUCGUCUUGGAACUCCAUCUUUGGGAGUCGAAGCCGGAGUCGGAGCUAUGACUCGUUGGAUGGUUACAGCAAGAACAAGAACCGGCGCUGAGUUAUAAAACAGACCGAGGAAGAGGAGACUGACUUAUCAACAGACUGAGGAAGAGGAGACUGACUUAUGAACAGACUGAGUUAGCAACAGACUAAGUUAUCAACAGACUGAGGAGGAGACUGCACUAUGAUUCCCCAAGUCAACAGGAGAACAGCGAAAGUAUGGGGACAUGUUUUCCUCUCUUUGCAUCAUUCCAUGUUAGAUCUCUGAGCCAGAACCUUCAAGCAGUUGUUUUUACCAUACAUUGAAUUGCUUGGCAGAUAAAUUACCAUUUGAAUUGUAGCAGUGCUGUUCACAUUACCCAGACAGAAACCACUGGAAAUAGAUUGAUUGAAUUUUGUCUUUUGUUCAUUUUUGUCCAUCCCCAGUGGAUUUGUAAUGUCCAGAGACAGUUUGGUCCAUCCCCAGUGGAUUUGUAAUGUCCAGAGACAGUUUGGUCCAUCCCCAGUCGAUUUGUAAUGUCCAGAGACAGUUUGGUCCAUCCCCAGUGGAUUUGUAAUGUCCAGAGACAGUUUGGUCCAUCCCCAGUGGAUUUGUAAUGUCCAGAGACAGUUUGGUCCAUCCCCAGUGGAUUUGUAAUGUCCAGAGACAGUUUGGUCCAUCCCCAGUGGAUUUGUAAUGUCCAGAGACAGUUUUGUCUUGUGACACUCUUCCUCUGACGUCCAUGAGUAAAAUGAAGGAUGAAGGAGCACCGUUCAUUUUUACCCUCUGAUCAACUCUUCAUUUCAUAACAACUCUUACGUUUAAUUUAUGAUCUGGGAUGUGCACUAGAAAGGUCUUUUGGGACAAUUUCAGUAGGUUUGUGAAUGUGUGUAUUUUCAAACAACGUGUUUUUCAGGAAGAGUAGGAAAAGGUGUGUUGCUUCUCUGAUCCCAGCUCUUCAGAAGGUAGAACACAAACAUUCCUCCUCUGAGAAAUGGAGGAGGAGGUAGGAGGAGGUGGUCCCGGUGGCAAACAAACUGCUUGUCAGCUCAAAUGCCAGUUUUAUUUAUCCUCUGAUCAAGUGGAAACCAUUUGAAAUGUCAUUCCUUGUAAAAUGAUGGUGAAUUAACAUAUCACUCUGCAGAAGGCCAAGACUGAGAAAUGGGUUUCUCAUGAUCCAGAAAUCCUGAAAAUGUCCAGGAAAGCAUUAUUUUCCCUAACAACCCCAAAUGACACUGAACAAUUUGGAUAUCUAAAUUGCAACACCUGGGGUAGGGGUUAAAUGACAAUUUAAACACUGAUUAAUAUGUAGGUUGUCAUAUUUUUUCCAUUCAUCUUGGUGGUUAUCUAUUCAUGUAUUUAUUUAUGGUUGAUCUUUAUGUGUUCUAUGUGUUCUAUGUGUUCUAUGAGUUAUAUGAGUUCAAUAACUUCUAUGUGUUCUAUGUGUUCUAUGUGUUCUAUGUGUUCUAUGUGUUCUAUGUGUUCUAUGUGUUCUAUGAGUUCAAUAACUUCUAUGGGUUCUAUGAGUUAUAUGAGUUCAAUGAGUUCUAUGUGUUCUAUGUGUUCUAUGUGUUCUAUGUGUUCUAUGUGUUCUAUGAGUUAUAUGUGUUCUAUGUGUUCUAUGAGUUCAAUAACUUCUAUGGGUUCUAUGUGUUCUAUGUGUUCUAUGAGUUCUAUGUGUUCUAUGUGUUCUAUGUGUUCUAUGAGUUCUAUGAGUUCUAUGUGUUCUAUGUGUUCUAUGAGUUAUAUGUGUUCUAUGAGUUCUAUGUGUUCUAUGAGUUAUAUGUGUUCUAUGUGUUCUAUGAGUUAUAUGUAUUCUAUGUGUUCUAUGAGUUAUAUGUAUUCUAUGUGUUCUAUGAGUUCUAUGUAUUCUAUGUGUUCUAUGAGUUAUAUAUGUUCUAUGUGUUCUAUGUGUUCUAUGAGUUAUAUGAGUUCAAUAACUUCUAUGGGUUCUAUGUGUUCUAUGGGUUCUAUGUGUUCUAUGAGUUAUAUGUGUUCUAUGUGUUCUAUGAGUUAUAUAAGUUCUAUGUGUUCUAUGUGUUCUAUGUGUUCUAUGUGUUAUAUGAGUUAUAUGAGUUCAAUAACUUCUAUGUGUUCUAUGAGUUCUAUGUGUUCUAUGUGUUCUAUGAGUUAUAUGAGUUCAAUAACCUCUAUGGGUUCUGUGUUCUAUGGGUUCUAUGUGUUCUAUGAGUUCUAUGUGUUCUAUGUGUUAUAUGAGUUAUAUGAGUUCAAUAACUUCUAUGUGUUCUAUGAGUUCUAUGUGUUCAAUAACUUCUAUGGGUUCUAUGUGUUCUAUGAGUUCUAUAAGUUAUAUGGGUUCUAUGUGUUCUAUGUGUUCUAUGAGUUCUAUUCCUUUGACUAAAACUUGAAUAAGAGACAGUGUUGAAAUGUUUUACUUUUCCUUUUUGACAGAGAGGAAAUUCAACAUUGGAUGAAUCUACUAUUUUAACGGUCUGAAAUAGCACUGUAACAUCAUUUGCUUGAAUUGAAUGAGUUUGGUAUUUCAGAACCUCAUCAGUCUUGUUUUGUUGUCUGUCCGAAGGACAAUAUAAAAAGAAUGUUUGUGUCAUGCAUACUUGUAACGUGUUUACAAUCAUAUUUCUGCAUUUGUGUCACCUCUCAGUAAUGGUAUCUGUUUGUUUCUAUGCAACACCAUUAUGCCACUGGGGUUCUACUAUGUCUAUGAUGUAAUGUUAGGGUCUGAAUGAAGAGAGUUCCAGUUUAAACUCUACAAUGGACAGUCUGAAUGCCAGUCUGUUUGUGCUUUCACGCCAACUCAAUGUCACCCAUUGAAAGUAAUGGAGUUGGCAAGAGACCAAACAGAUCUGGGACCAGGCUACAAUAAACAAUGUAAUGGCAUAUAGAUUCAGACAAUACUACUUCACUUUUCUUGAAAUGUUACUUUCAACUAUCCCCCUCUUCUCUUUUGAGGGGAAUGCUAUUUUCUUCAGAGGAUGUCCUAUAAAAAGCCACAACCGAGACUACAGAAAAAAGAAAGAGGAAACUAAAAGCUUGUGUGUCAGAGAAGACAACCCCAACCAUGACUUUUAGCCUCAAUGAAUAGUCUACUGCAUUUGUUAAAUGAUAUAUUAUGUGGGCUCGUAGUGCACUGUUUGAAUAACAUUAGUAUCUAGAACCGCUGCUCCUACCCGUACUGUAUAUCAUUGAAAUGGUUUUAUUUCUGCAUUAUGUCUAAUCUGUCACCUUGUAUAUCUUCGUUCAGUAUGUGCGCCAGGCAAGAGGGUCUGUUCUCUAUGCAUUGUACUGUAUAAUCAUCUGAGGUCCUUUAUCUGAAUGUUCAACGACUUGUCCAAAAGUAUAGAGAUAUUGGGAGGAAGAUGACAAGUAUUUUACAUAGUAAUUAUGCUUUUGAGGUGAACCACUCUCCCUCGUGGCCCUAAUAUACCAUUCCAUGAGGUGAAAUGUAAACUGUGAAAUGUAUAUGAAUAUGUAAUUACUGUGGUGUAAAUAUGCAUCGGCACUGUAUACAUUUAUUACAUGACGGAUGAAGUAUAAUUAAUUUAGAAUUUGUGGAAUAGUCAAUCAAAUGAUCAAUGCAUCUACACAUGUAUUGGUAUGGUAAACUUUCUCACAUGUACUGUGUGUAGAUACAUUGCCUCACUGUUGUCAACUCAGCUGUAAGCUUUUUGAUUUUCCAUCACAUUAUAUGAUGUGUUUCUAUAAUGGCCAUUGAACUAGUUCUGAAAGAGAAAUAAUAGAGUAUCAAGGCACAAGGCACAAGGCACAAGGCGAGACCCAGAUGCAGACACAGGAGGAAGAUGGUUGGAGUCUUACAAUGUUUAUUCAUCCAAAAGGAGUAGGGAAGAGAAUGGUCGUGGACAGGCAAAAAGGUUCAAAACCAGAUCAGAGUCCAAGAGGUACAGAGUGGCAGACAGGCUCGUGGUCAAGGCAGUCAGAAUGGUCAGGCAGGCGGGUACAGUGUCCAGAAACAGGCAAGGGUCAAAACCACGAAGACUAGAAAAAGGAGAAUAGCAAAAAGUAGGAGAACGUGGUAAAACGCUGGUUGACUUGGAACAUUCAAGACGAACUGGUACAGAGAGACAGGAUUCACAGGGAUAAAUACGCUGGGGAAAAUAAGCGACACCUGGAGGGGGUGGAGACAAUAACGAGAACAGGUGAAACAGAUCAGGGUGUGACAGCGAGCCAAGAAAACAUUUGGGAAACUGGGGGGGAAUUGAUAAAUAUUGGAAACUAUAUCAGUGGGUUAUAGAGGUCUUUGUGUUUGAACUCCAUCCCUGAUUAUGUUGAAAACAGAAAGUUAAAUAACAAGGCGCAUGACAAGACUGAUGCUCCAGUGUGUUAAAUGAUUCAGUCUCUCAUUUUCUCUGUGAACGAGCAAUAAUGUGGAGAUGGAGAGCUAGGAUGCGUUUUCCCACUGGCACACAGCAGGGUGUCAGUGUGAGCUUGACUUGUUGUAAUGCUUCAGCUGAAAUCAGAUUGUCCUCCCCUUGAACCCUUAAAAUAAACCCUUAUCCCUCUUCCCAUA